UGAAGAGGAAAGGGGGCCCCCCCUUUGUGGAAUGCGGCAACAUGGGCGUGUUUGACCGCGGGGUUCAGAUGCUGCUGACCACGGUGGGGGCCUUCGCCGCCUUCAGCCUCAUGACCAUCGCCGUGGGAACGGACUACUGGCUGUACUCGCGCGGCGUCUGCAAGAUCAAGAGCAACAACGAGAACGAGACCAGCAAGAAGAACGAGGAGGUGAUGACGCACUCGGGCCUCUGGAGGACCUGCUGCCUGGAAGGUUCCUUCAAAGGCAUGUGCAAACAGAUCGACCACUUCCCGGAAGACGCCGACUACGAGGCCGACGCUUCCGAGUACUUCCUACGUGCGGUGCGAGCCUCCAGCAUCUUCCCCAUCAUGAGCGUGAUCCUGCUCUUCAUGGGGGGGCUGUGCAUCGCCGCCAGCGAGUUCUACAAGUCGCGCCACAACAUCAUCCUCAGCGCCGGCAUCCUCUUUGUCUCAGCGGGCUUAAGCAACAUCAUCGGCAUCAUCGUGUACAUAUCGGCCAACGCCGGCGACCCUUCCAAGAGCGACUCCAAGAAGAACAGCUACUCCUACGGCUGGUCCUUCUACUUCGGCGCGCUCUCCUUCAUCAUGGCCGAGAUGGUGGGCGUGCUGGCUGUGCACAUGUUCAUCGACCGCCACCGGGAGCUGCGCGUGGGCGUGCGGGCCGCCGACUACCUCCAAGGCGCCGCCAUCACGCGCAUCCCCAGCUACCGCUAUCGCUACCGCCGUCGCUCGCGCUCCUCGUCCCGCUCCACCGACCCCUCGCACUCGCGCGAGGCCUCGCCGGUGGGUCUCAAGGCCUUCGGGACGCUGCCCUCGACCGAGCUGUCCAUGUACACGCUGCCCAAGGGCCAGACGGGCACGCCCACGGCCACCUAUAACUCCACGGAGAGGGACCACAACUUCCUGCAGGUGCACAACUGCAUCCAGAAAGACGGGAAAGACUCCGGCAACCCCGCCAAUCGACGUACCACACCCGUAUGAACAGCGACACUUCCGAAGGGGAGGGCGGCGAGGUCGUGGGAAAACGGCCAGGUCGAACCAAAGCUCCGGCCGGCACUUUGGUUUCUGUUUGACGCAAGCGGAUGAAAAAAAGAAGAAAAAAAAAGCAAACGAAGCAUGCAUGGUUUUUCCCAUCUUCCCUUGUUUAACAAUUUGAUGUUUGUAAAGAUUUGAACGGGGUCAAGAGAGGGAAGCGGGGGCGGCCUGUCCCAUCCAAAAGGCCCAUUUCUAUUUUUUACUCUUCCUCGCUCGGUCUGGGGAAAAAUGCCGUUUGCCCCCAAGCUCCCCCGACCAGCCCCAGUUUGUCUCUUUAGUUUCGUUAUCUUCCCGAUUUUCUUCUUGAUUUGCAUAAAUACUGUGAACCACUGCGGUGUGCGGUUUUAGCAGGGAGCACUUUGGAGGCCGCAAAAAAAAACAAAAAAAGAAAACCUGUAUCAAUGAUAUUUAUUCAACAUGAACAUACAUGUAUACCUGUUAAUACGUCAUGACCACUUUCCUGACGCAAAAGAAAAAAUAAUAAUUAAGUAGCGAUGCUAAGAGAAAUGGAAACGGAAAAAGGCUUUGUGUGGGUUAAUAUUGCCGCAUUUUUUUACAACAAUUAUAACAAAAAAAAAAAUUAAACACCAAAAAAAGUGACAACCUUUUGGCCUUGGCCAAAAGACUGGCUGCCAUCUUUGUUCAGGAACAAUGGGGGGGGGGGGAACCUCUGAGCCAAUGAAUGAAGACGACUUUGGACAAUGUGACAGACGACAUGGAGUCCCGAAAAAGAAUUUCAAAAAAAAAAAAGAUGAAUUUACAUGCAUGCAAAUCCAAAUCAUCCAAUCUGCUUUCAAGGAA